CUCGUCGCGAGGUAUGCACCGUGUUGUAGUUUAAUGCAACUUUUUCUGCAGAAGAGAUAGUUCGAUGCUAGCGGCUACUAACUUUUCUUCUCUGCAGAGACGCUUUGCUAGUGAUCAGACCAGGAAGGCAUACACAGCAUUGAACGAGCAGUUCGAUGCGUACACCGGGGUCAUCUGGCAGCCCUACACGGAAGCAGCCAUACAAGCGAGAUACCCUGCUGGUAUGUCUGUGCUAUGCACAAGGGACCGAGAUUACUGGAUGACAAAAUCUAAGAUCAUCUUCGAUGUCUUCGUCGAGGAGAUGGCACAACAGAGGGUUAUGAGGCAAUUUGGUCUUCUGCAGUUGGAGCUACCUCCCCCUAUAGAGAACCCGGUGCCAGCACACAUCCACAGGCUACCUUGACACGCGAACU